AUGGUUCGGUUCAUGAGGCGGGAAUGGUUCGGUUCAGGAGGCGGCAUGGUUCGGUUCAGGAGGCGGGAAUGGUUCAGUUCAGGAAGAGGAAUGGUUCGGUUCAUGAGGCGGGAAUGGUUCGGGGUGGCGGGAGCGGCGGCGGCGCGCCCCGAGUGCUUCCUCAGUGUGCAGGAUGGACUGGCUGCAGACUUUAGAGCAAUGACAAAGACUCUCUACGAUUUGAAUAAAGGCAGUAAUAUAGUUCGUGGGGGCCCUCUAAAAGAGCUGGUGAUAGAAAAUUUUGAUGAAGAACAGAUUUGGCAGCAACUAGAGCUCCGGAACAAUGCGGUUCUCGAUUUCUUCAAGAAAUCCAUUGCAAAGGAUGCCGAGGAUGAAGAUCUUUGCCUCUUCUCAGACCAGGAAGAGGAUGGCUCUGAUGCAGAGACCAACAGUGACAAGGAGUUGGAAGACAACAUAAUGGAAGAUGAAACUGAACAGAUUAAUGUUCAUACAAAAGAUAAAGAUAAAACUAAAGCUAAAGAAAAGCAAAGUAAACUCAGCAAAAGUUUAAUGCAGAAGUACAGUGAUGAGGAUUCUGAUAUUGACUUUGAUAUUGAAGCACUGGAGCAACAAGCUAAGACAGCCAAGGAAACCACAUUAAGAAAAAAGGGAAGAAAAUCUGUAGUGGAUGACAAGUUUUUCAAGCUAGCUGAGAUGGAAACUUUUUUAGAACAUGCAGAGAAGGAAGACAAGGAAGAAGAAGAUGAUGAUGAUGAUGAUAUUAAUUAUUUUGAAGACAUUAUCUCAGAUUAUGAGGAAGACUCUGAAGAAGCUAAAGUCAAACCAAUUAAAAGUUCUAGAGAUAUGACAUAUGAAGAUUUCUUUGAUUCAGUUGAUGAUGAUGAUGGUGAUGAUGAUUUAGUAGCUAAUGAUGCUGAAAAGAAUCAGGAAGAGGAAGCAGACAGUGCUAUUGAAGAGCAAAAUGAAGAAAGCAUGUCUGAGUUUGAGGAUGUGGAUGAAAUGGUGGAGCACGCGAGAAGUAAAGAAGCUUCUAAAAAAGUAACUUUUAGUUUGCCAGAUGACAGUGAAACAGAACAUGUAACUGAAGAGCAAUUAGAGAAGGACAUCAAUCCCAGUGAAAUAAAGUCAUCAUUUGAGAAGAGACAGGAAAAGAUGAGCAAAAAAAUAAAAAGCUUGGAAGAUGCGCUGCUAGAGGAGAAACCUUGGCAGCUUAAAGGAGAAGUGACUGGACAGAAACGCCCUGAGAACAGCCUUUUGGAAGAAACAGUGCUUUUUGACCAUGCAGUCCGAAUGGCACCUGUGAUCACAGAAGAAACUACUUUUCAGCUUGAAGAUAUCAUUAAACAGAGAAUACUGGAUGAGGCAUGGGAUGAUGUAGUACCAAAAGAAAAACCCAAAGAGGAAGCUUUUGAGUACAAGAAGAGGAUCAGUUUGGAUCAUGAGAAGAGUAAGCUGAGUCUGGCUGAAAUCUACGAGCAAGAAUACAUGAAACUUCACCAGCAAAAGACUGAAGAGGAAGAAAAUCCUGAACACAAAGAAAUUCAGGAAAUGAUGGAUUCACUCUUCCAGAAGCUGGAUGCACUUUGUAAUUUCCACUUCACACCCAAACCACCGGUGCCAGAAGUUAAAAUCGUUUCGAACCUUCCAGCUAUAAGUAUGGAAGAAGUAGCACCAGUUGCUGUUAGUGAUGCAGCUCUCUUAGCACCAGAGGAGAUCAAGAAAAAGAACAAAGCUGGUGAUGUGAAAACAGAUGCAGAAAAGACUCCCACAGACAAAAAACGAGAACUAAGAAGGAAAAAGCUCCGUAAACGUAUGAGGCGAAGGGAAAAGGAGAAACGUGAAAAGCUUCUUGAGAAGAUGAAACCAGAACAAGGCACAAAACUUAGCAAGAAAGCUGCUGCAGCAAAAUUAAAAAGGCUUACCAAAGAAGGCAAAGCAUCUCUGCUCAAGGAUGAAGGUAAAGACAAGGCCUUGAAAUCAUCCCAGGCCUUCUUUUCUCAGCUACAAGAUCAAGUGAGAAUGCAAAUCAAAGAUGCCACCAAAUUAAAGAAGAAACAGAAGAAGGAGAAAGCAAUCUCUGUUCAAAAACUGAAGCUGUAGUUUACCUUUUUUAUAUGUUGCAUCUUGUAUAUAUUAAAUUUUUUCUCCAAAUUUGAGUGGGUUUUAUUCUGUGAUGAUCUUUAAAAUACUUCCUGAACUUCUGAGGUGAUGUUCAGAAGGUUUUUUGUAGAUUUUACUCUUUAUUUUCUACCACAGAACUUUGAUUUAUUCCAAAAAGAAAGAUUCUUGGUAUACGUAACUGUAUAAAUACUUGACAUGUGCUCUGUCUCUUCAAUCUAUAGCCCAGAGUUUGUAUCUGCUGGUGUAAUAGCUCUGGAUGUAUAGCAGGAGAGACUGCAUUUAUUGAAGGACUUGAGAUCUAUUAUAUUUUGAAAUUUUGAGUGGCAAAGAGGGAGUACACAAAAGAUUUUUAAGCCUGUGGUAACCCAGAGCCAGGAAAUGGCAUCUUUUAACUUAGU